AUGUCCCUUCCUGCCCGUUUCUCCCUCCUCCCACGACCCCAUUUCUCGAAACAUAGGCCUAAUGGCACACUUCGCACAACCCUCAGCACAGCUCUAUACCUCAAGACUGCCGCCGUAGUAGGUGUUUGUAUUUACCAAAUCUUGUACAGGAAUCGAAAAGAUGCACAAGGUAGCAGGAAUUCGACUGCGGAUAUGAGUAGGAGGCAACGAACUAGAUAUAUGAGAGAAUUCGUGGGUGACAGAGCAGAGGAAUGGUGGGCUGUUGUGGGGAAGGGGAAGGGAGCAGCUUGGAUCGAAGCACGCCGCGAGAUCAAAGCUAGAUGGCGGGCAGAGAGGGAGAAACACAGGAGGGCGAUGUGGAAGGAGAACAUCAAAAGGAACGAGAAGGAGAUUGAAAAGAAGGUUGGAAAUUUCGAAGAAAAACAGGCAGAUAUAAGUAAGAAGAGUAAAGGAACGAUUCUGAGAGUCACCUUCCCGUGGGGUAGGAGUGGUAGUGGCCGGAAGCGGUAG